GCAGUGACAUUUGGCAUUUCACUUCAGUCAGUCGAAGCUAACCACUGUCAACGCGGGAAUGUGAAAUUCUCGUUUGUUGAUUCCAAGUGAUUGUAACUGAGUGAUACGCGGCCUUAUAUAUUAAUUUCACCCAACACGAUGCCGCCGAGUAGCCUUCGAGUCGUGUACGCGUUCGCCAGAGAAAUGCAUCCAAAAACUACUGAAGUUUUCAUUCAAUACGGCACAGCCGGAUUCAGAACUAAAGCCAAUCUCUUGGAGCAUGUGGUCUACCGAAUGGGUCUGUUGGCAGUGAUCCGGUCUCGUGUGAAAAAUGGUCGUACGAUCGGCAUUAUGGUAACGGCCUCACAUAAUCUGGAACCAGACAACGGUGUUAAACUGAUCGACCCUGAUGGUGAAAUGUUGGAACAGAGCUGGGAGGAGAUCGCCACGAGACUCGCUAAUGUCAGUGACAAUGACUUAGAGUCGACAACGGCGGAGAUAAUAAAGGAAGUGAACGCGGAUAUGGCGCUCAAAGCGUCCGUCUUCAUUGGGAUGGACACCAGAUACACAAGUCCGCGCCUGGCUGCGGCCGCGGUGCACGGCGUCAUUGCUCUCAAGGGCACGCCCAAGGAGUUCGGUAUCGUCACCACGCCCAUACUGCACUACUGCGUCAGGUGUCGCAACGACAACACAUACGGAACACCCACUGAAGAAGGUUAUUACGAGAAGAUAGUGGGAGCGUUUAAGAAUAUACGUCAGAAGUUACCAGUAAGAGGAGAAUAUACAACAACUUUGUAUGUGGAUGGAGCAAAUGGAGUCGGCGGAAAGAAAUUGAAUAUUAUAAAGAAGAGUCUAGGAGAUGAAUUGGAUCUCGUGCUGUUUAAUUUAGGAGGGAACGGAGGGAAAUUGAAUUUAAAUUGUGGUGCGGAUUAUGUGAAAGUGUCACAGAAGCCCCCAGUGGGAGUGGAACACAAGCCGUGGCAAAGAGUGGCAUCGCUAGACGGUGAUGGUGACAGGAUUGUAUACUACUAUUUAGAUGACAAAGAUAAUAUGCACUUACUGGACGGCGAUCGUAUAGCGACGUUACUCGCGAGUUACAUCUCAGAGUUGUUAAGUGGUUGUGGAGCUACACUAAGGGUAGGACUUGUGCAGACCGCGUACGCUAAUGGCGCCUCCACGCAGUACAUCACACAACAACUUAAAAUCCCAGUAACGUGUGUGAAGACUGGUGUGAAGUUUUUACACCACGCGGCGCAGCAGUACGACAUCGGGGUUUACUUCGAGGCGAAUGGACACGGCACUGUUUUAUAUAGUGAUAACGCUAAAAAUACUAUAAAAAAAAUCGCUGAAGAAGGUGACAUAGAGCAGCGUAAAUCAGCAGAACUACUUCUCCAGUACAUAGAUAUGACCAACGAGACUGUCGGUGACGCGAUCUCUGACCUGUUCCUGGUGGAGACGGCGCUGUGCGCGCGCGCCCAGGGGACGGGACAGUGGCUGCAGGCCUACUCUGACCUACCCUGUCGACAGCUCAAAGUUACCGUACAGGUAAAGUUUAUAUAG